CAUUAUAGGAUUUUUUUAGCAUCCCACUCAGUUUCUUGCCCCCUUUUUUUUUCCUCCCACUUUUCAGUGGCAGUGAUUUGUUUUCCACUGUUUCCCAACCUUUUUCUUGGUCGUAUCAUUUCUUGAGUGGGUCUGCUGGUUGAUUCCCACCCAGGUUUUUUCUUUCUUUCCUGAUGCUAUUCCAUUGAGGAAAACAAGAAAGAAAGGCUGAAAGAGAAAACCCAGCAGAAACCUCACUCGGUGGGUUUAGUUUUUGGAUGGAAAUUGAUCUGAACCACGAAGCCAGGGAAGAAGAAGAAGAAGAAGAGGGAAGAAAGAUUGGGUCUUUUCGUUAUUCAGCAGAAUGUGAAGAAGAAGAAGAAAGGGCUUUUGCCUCUUCAAGACCUUCUUCUUCUUCAAUCUACUCGGAGCUAUGGCAUGCCUGUGCGGGCCCACUCACAUGUUUGCCCAAGAAGGGGGACGAUGUGGUCUAUUUCCCUCAAGGCCACUUGGAACAGGCUUCUUCUGCUUCUCCAUUGGAGAUGGACUUCCAGUCUCUUGGAAUCCAUCCCCAGAUCUUCUGCAGAGUUGAGGAUGUUCUGCUUCUUGCUAACAAGGAAAAUGAUGAUGUCUAUACACAGCUUACUCUUCUCCCUAUCCCAGAGCCACUUGCUAUGAGCCAGGAAGGUUUGGGAAUGGAAGAGGAUGGGCUGUGUGGAACUGCCCCCACCAUAAAACCAACCUCCCAUAUGUUCUGCAAAACCCUCACGGCUUCCGAUACGAGUACUCACGGAGGAUUCUCAGUUCCUCGCCGAGCUGCAGAAGAUUGUUUCCCUCCUUUGGAUUAUAAAGAGCAGAGGCCAUUUCAGGAGCUUGUUGCUAGAGACCUGCACGGCAUUGAAUGGAAGUUCAGACACAUUUAUAGAGGCCAGCCGAGGAGGCAUUUGCUCACCACCGGAUGGAGUAUCUUUCUGAGCCAAAAGAAUCUAGUCUCCGGCGAUGCAGUUCUGUUUUUAAGGGGAGAAGGAGGAGAUCUGAGGCUGGGAAUAAGAAGAGCUGCUAGGCCAAGGCAUGGCUUGCCUGAAUAUGUAAUAAAGACUCAAACUUCUUUCUCCAGUGUGCUCUCUGAAGUGACAAAUGCUCUAUCUUGCAAUACCACAUUUAAUGUCUUUUAUAGCCCAAGGGCAAGCCAUGCUGAUUUCCUUGUCCCAUACCAAAAAUAUGUAAAGAGCAUCAGCAACCGGAUACCCAUUGGAACAAGAUUCAAAAUGAGAUUCAACAUGGAUGAUUCCCCUGAAAGAAGGUACAGUGGUGUCAUAACAGGAGUUAACGAUCUGGACCCUUAUCGAUGGCCUGGUUCAAAGUGGAGAUGCUUGAUGGUAAUGUGGGAUGAUGAUUUUAUGAGCAAUCAUCAAGAACGGGUUUCUCCAUGGGAAAUAGAUUCUUCUUCGGUUCCAUUUCCACCGCUAAGUGUCCAGUCUUCACCUAGAAUGAAGAAGAUGCGAAUCAUUCAGCAGGCAGUGCCACAGGAAAGGCAUUUUCCUGGAAGUGGUGGUGCUGUAUUAGACUUCGAGGAGUCUUUAAGGUCCUCAAAGGUCUUGCAAGGUCAAGAAAAUUUAAGUUUCGUAUCACCUCUGUUUGGAAGUGAUUUUGGGAAAGCUAGCUGCCAGAAGGGUUUUGAGAGGCAACCCUAUGGCCAACGGAAUCUUGUUUGUGGCAUAGGAAAGUCACAAAUGGGUGACUUUGUGAGAACUCACCACCCUCCUGCCAUUCAAACAGGCUUUCUGGAAUCCAACAGGUUUCCAAAGGUCUUGCAAGGUCAAGAAAUUUGCUACUUGGAAUCAGUAAACGUGAAAAGUGACGUGAAUCUCAGAGCGUGGGCCAAGCCCGAUUACGGUUGCAAUUUCAAGAGCUUCUACCCGCUCGGCUCUGAUGGUGCGGUCAGAAAGACAUUUUUGCCCCUCAAUGGGAUCUACAGAGCUGACAGCCAAGACCCUUUAAUGCAGCUUCCAUUCUUACCUACUUACAAGAUUGAAAAUCCCAUCUCCCCUCAAGGGAAGGAAGAGCAUGUAGUUCAAAAUUACGGAAAUGACCCCAACCCAGUGGAAAAAGCUUCGAUUUUGAAUAUCAAGAAUGAAAAGAAAAGCGAGGCUUUGAAUGGGACUGGACUGCCCUGCAGACUCUUUGGAUUUUCUUUGAUCAACGAGCCAUCAACCCCGAGCUCACAGAGUUCUGGAAAGAGGAGCUGCACUAAGGUUCACAAACAAGGAAGCUUGGUAGGGAGAGCUAUUGAUCUCUCAAGACUCAACAGCUAUGAUGAGUUGAUGUUUGAUUUGGAGAAACUUUUUGGGAUGGAAGACCUCUUAAGGGAUCCAAAUAAAGGGUGGAGAGUUUUGUAUACCGAUAGUGAGAACGACAUGAUGGUCGUGGGUGAUGAUCCUUGGCAUGAGUUCUGUGAAGUUGUCUGCAAAAUCCACAUAUACACAGUGGAAGAGGUGGAGAAAAUGACAGUAGGGGCAGGCGGGAUGAGCGACGACACUCAGAGCUGUUUGGAGGAGGCCCCGCCAGUCCCCGAUGCUUCCAAGUCAUCUUCUGUUGGUCAACCGGACAACAGCGAUCAAGAUUUGAGGCUCUAUAGCUAGUAGGACUAGGACAUGCAUGUUUCCAUUUCAUCAUGGUUAUACAUAUAUAUUUGUUGUGUUGUGUUGGAAACACUUUUUUGUGUUACACUGGAGGUGAGGUUAUUUUUCAUGUGCCCUAAUAAUGUUCCCACUCCCAUGCAACAAACCACAUAUGCUGGAGGAAAGUUUUUUUUUUGAAUUGUUGUGUAUAACAUUGUGUUGUCUUAUGGUAAUGUACAUUGAGAGAAUGCCAUAGGAGAGUUUAUUCUAUGUAUCCUCUUCUUUGGAGAUAUGUGUAAUUUAUUUACUUGGUCCAUCUCAGCUUUGGUUUUCCUGCACAAUAUAGCUGAAAAAUGUCU